UCACUGAAUGGAAGCCUUCACUUCAACUUUCUGACUCGAGAAGCUAAGGUGGCUUCUGGUGCCUUCGUCUGGUGCCUUCAUUCGCGUCUUCAACCUUUCAUUGAAUAAUUGCUGUGAAUAUAACAACACUGCUGCACAGUUGGACUUGGGACUCCAUUGGGGAACCACACACAAAGCGGAUGGGACCCCUCAUAUUCCUCCUGCUAUUAGCAGGACAAGUGGGAACAAUGUCAGCUACAACUGCUAAUGCAACAACAGUCACCCCAACAUCAGCAACAUUCAACGCAACCUCACCAUUGGUCAACAUGACCUCAUCGCCAGUCAACUCAACAUCACCAUCAGUCAACCCAACAUCACCAUCGGUCAACAUGACCUCACCGCCAGUCAACUCAACAUCACCAUCGGUCAACGUGACCUCAACGCCAGUCAACUCAACAUCACCAUCGGUCAACAUGACCUCACCGCCAGUCAAUCCAACAUCACCAUCGGUCAACGUGACCUCACCGCCAGUUAACUCAACAUCACCAUCGGUCAACGUGACCUCACCGCCAGUCAACCCAACCUCACCAUCGGUCAACGUGACCUCACCGCCAGUCAACUCAACAUCACCAUCGGUCAACAUGACCUCACCGCCAGUCAACUCAACAUCACCAUCAGUCAACCCAACAUCACCAUCGGUCAACAUGACCUCACCGCCAGUCAACUCAACAUCACCAUCGGUCAACGUGACCUCAACGCCAGUCAACUCAACAUCACCAUCGGUCAACAUGACCUCACCGCCAGUCAAUCCAACAUCACCAUCGGUCAACGUGACCUCACCGCCAGUUAACUCAACAUCACCAUCGGUCAACGUGACCUCACCGCCAGUCAACCCAACCUCACCAUCGGUCAACAUGACCUCAUCGCCAGUCAACUCAACAUCACCAUCGGUCAACAUGACCUCACCGCCAGUCAACUCAACAUCACCAUCAGUCAACCCAACAUCACCAUCGGUCAACAUGACCUCACCGCCAGUCAACUCAACAUCACCAUCGGUCAACGUGACCUCACCGCCAGUCAAUCCAACAUCACCAUCGGUCAACGUGACCUCACCGCCAGUCAACUCAACAUCACCAUCGGUCAACGUGACCUCACCGCCAGUCAACCCAACAUCACCAUCAGUCAACGUGACCUCACCGCCAGUCAACUCAACAUCACCUUCAGUCAACGUGACCUCACCGCCAGUCAAUCCAACAUCACCAUCGGUCAACGUGACCUCACCGCCAGUUAACUCAACAUCACCUUCAGUCAACGUGACCUCACCGCCAGUCAACCCAACAUCACCAUCGGUCAACAUGACCUCACCGCCAGUCAACUCAACAUCAUCACAACCAGUCACCACAAUGCCAUUACAAGGUAAUGCAAGCUCCCCACCUGUAAGUACAACAUCAGCAGGACCAAGAAUCACAACUAUUGGCACUCCAGAUACAACCACAACACCUGCCCCACCGCCAGAGCCAAAAAUUGAGUUGGGAUUUAAGCUGCAAGAAAAUUUUACAUCAGAUCUUCAUAACCAAUCCUCACCAAAGUUCCUGAAGUUGAAAAGCACAGUGACCAAAGUUCUCAACGAGGUUUAUACAGCAAAAUAUGGACCCAGUUUCAAUCGAUCUGUUGUCAAAAAAUUCAGUCAAGGAUCCAUUGUGGCAGACGUUGAGCUGAUAUUCAAUGAGGGGAAUACACUGCCAAAUGCCACUUCAGCAGCUGACACUUUGGUUGAGGCUGCUUCCUCCUCAAACUUUUCCCUGAGUGUCAACACAUCAUCUAUAACUGCAACUGUUGUGCAGACACCAACCGAAGCUCCUGCCACACCUUCAACUUUGACAAGUACAACUCCUUUGCCAGACAACCCAACCUCAUCAUCGGUCAUCCCAACCUCACCACCAGUCAACAUGACCUCACUGCCGUCAGUCAAUAUGACCUCGCCACCAGUCAACCCAACUUCACAACCCACUAACCUGACCUCACCACCAAUUAACCCAACCUCAUCACCCACUAACGCGACCUCGCCACCGGUCAACCCAACUUCACCACCAGUCAACAUGACCUCACUGCUGCCAGUCAAUAUGACCUCGCCAGCAGUCAACCCCACUUCACAACCCACUAAUGUGACCUCACCACCAAUUAACCCAACCUCAUCACCCACUAACGCGACCUCGCCACCGGUCAACCCAACUUCACCACCAGUCAACAUGACCUCACUGCUGCCAGUCAAUAUGACCUCGCCAGCAGUCAACCCCACUUCACAACCCACUAAUGUGACCUCGCCUCCAGUCAACCCAACUUCAUCACCCGUCAACAUGACCUCACCACCCAUCAACCUAACUUCACCACCAGUCAACAUGACCGUCACCACAACACCUUUGCCAGGUAAUGCAACCUCCCCACCUGUAAGUGGAACAUCAACGUCACCGAGAACCACAACUAUUGGUGUUCCAGAUACAACCGCAACAGCCGCCCCACCAGCAGAGCCAAAAAUUAAUUUGAAAUUUAGUUUGAUUCAAACUUUUGUAGCAGCACUCAGUGACAAAUUCUCACCAGAGUUUCAGCAGUUAAAGGGCACCAUAGAAACAGCUCUCAACUCCAUCUAUAAAACAAAAUUUGGAUCUAGCUUCAACCGAACUGUCAUCAAUGGCUUCAGUCCAGGAUCCGUUGUGGUCAAUGCUGAUCUGAUAUUCAACAAUGAGACGACUCUACCAAAUGCCAGUUCUGCGGCUAACACUUUACAGACUGCUGCCAACAGCUCUAAUUUUACCCUCAGUGUCAACGCAUCAUCUAUUACUGCAACCAUUGUGUCAGAACCAACUCAAGCCCCAGUCACAGCUGAACCUUCAACACUGAUGAAUACAUCGCCCUCACCAGCACCAGUAAGCCCAACCUCACCACCAGCCAACAUGACCUCACCACCACUCAACGUAACCUCCCCACCACUCAACGUAACAUCACCACCACUCAACGUAACCUCGCCACCAGUAAGCCCAACCUCACCACCAGCCAACAUGACCUCACCACCACUCAACAUAACCUCGCCACCACUCAACGUAACCUCGCCACCAGUAAGCCCAACCUCACCACCAGCCAACAUGACCUCGCCACCACUCAAUGUAACCUCCCCACCACUCAACGUAACAUCACCACCACUCAACGUAACCUCGCCACCAGUAAGCCCAACCUCACCACCAGCCAACAUGACCUCACCACCACUCAACGUAACCUCGCCACCAGUAAGCCCAACCUCACCACCAGCCAACAUGACCUCACCACCACUCAACGUAACCUUGCCACCACUCAACGUAACCUCGCCACCAGUAAGCCCAACCUCACCACCAGCCAACAUGACCUCGCCACCACUCAACGUAACCUCACCACCAGCCAACAUGACCUCUCCACCACUCAAUGUGACCUCACUACCAGUAAGCCCAACCUCACCACCAGCCAACAUGACCUCGCCACCACUCAACGUAACCUCACCACCAGCCAACAUGACCUCUCCACCACUCAAUGUGACCUCACCACCAGUAAGCCCAACCUCACCACCAGCCAACAUGACCUCUCCACCACUCAACGUAACCUCACCACCAGUAAGCCCAACCUCACCACCAGCCAACAUGACCUCGCCACCACUCAACGUAACCUCACCACCAGUAAGCCCAACCUCACCACCAGCCAACUUGACCUCACCACCACUCAGCAUAACCUCACCAGCAGUCAACAUGACCUCACCACCCCUCAACACAACCACGGUCCAACCAAUGUCCACCAUGUCACCGCCAGGUAAUGUAACCUCCCCACCAGUCAUUGGGACAUCAACACAACCAGUUAUCACAACUGGUGCUCCGACCACAACAGCUGCCCCACCAGAAUCAAGGAUCGUGCUGGGAUUUAAGUUGGAGCAAACCUUUACAUCACAACUUGCAGACAAACUCUCUAAAGAGUUCAAGGAAUUAGCAAACCAAAUAAAAGCAGUACUUGAUGCUAUCUUUAAACUGAGAUUUGGAAACCGUUUCAGUGGAGCUGUGAUCAAAUCUUUCAGACAAGGUUCAGUUGUGGUAGAUUCUGAGCUGAUAUUUAGUAACGCCAGCUCAGUGCCAGAACCUACUGAUGCAGCAAAUGCUCUGGUGGAGGCAGCGUCGAACAGCUCCAACUUCUCCCUUCCACUGAAUGUAUCAAGCGUUGUCGCAACAAAAAUUAAUACAUCAGAACCCACAUCUUCUCCGACUACACCCAUCACCUCAGCUGUUCCAACUGCUGCAUCGACAGCAGCUCCUAACGCUACUGCAGCUCCCAAUGCUACAGAGGCUCCAACUGCUGCUCCAAAUGCAACAGAUGCCCCAACAGCAGCUCCUAAUGCUACAUCUGGCAUGACUGCCGCUCCUAACGCAACAGGCGCCUCCACUGCUGCACCAGCUUCUUCAGCCAACACUGCAUCAACAAAUCCCCCUACAUCCAGUGAGGGAACCCUGGGUCUUCAGUUUAGUCUCAACCAAACAUUUACAUCAGAUCUCUCCAAUUCAUCCUCAGCAGCAUAUCAGGCUUUAGCUACACAAGUGACCCAAGAGGUAAACAAAGCGGGUAAAAAGCUGUUUGGAUCAUCCUUCAGUCGCACCAUCGUAAACGGUUUCACAAAUGGAUCAGUUGUUGUCAACACAACCCUUGUGUUCACCAAUAAAACCUCAGUUCCCUUGGCAAGCAAUGCAACUUCCCAACUCGGCAGUGAACUCACGAGCAACUCUACCUCCCUGAACAUUUUACCAGGCACCGUUCUUGCAACUUCUUCUGCUGCUGCUUCCACUGCAACUCCUACUGCAACAGCUGCUGCUACUGCAACAGCUAACGCUACUGCAACAGCUGCCCCUACUGCAGCUCCAACGGCAACAGCUGCCCCUACUGCAGCUCCAACGGCAACAGCUGCCCCUACUGCAUCUCCAACUACUCCAACCACAACUACUACAGAAGCCACCACCACUGCAUCAACAAAUCCUCCUACAUCCAGUGAGGGAACCCUCGGCCUUACAUUUAGUCUCGACCAAACAUUUACAUCAGAUCUCUCCAGCUCAACCACCGAAGCGUUUCAGACUUUAGCUAAAAAAGUGGUGAAAGAGGUGAACAGAGCGGGUUCAAAGCUGUAUCAAACUUACAGUCGGUCCUUUGUCAACACCUUCAAGAACGGUUCAGUGGUUACCAAUAUGACCCUCGUGUUCAGUGAUAAAAAUUCGGUUCCUGCAGUAAGCGAUGCUACUUCAAAAUUCGGCACUGAACUUACCGGCAGCUCUUCCACCCUGAACGUUAUACCAGGCAGCGUUUCUGCAUUCUCAACGUCGACAAGCAGUGCUCCUCGGCCCACAAUUGGCUCAUUGGCAGUCUUUUCACUAACACUGCUGGCUGUGGCACAGAUGCUGAUAGACAUUUAGGGUCCCCUGUACAGAUACACUGGCUUGGACAAUCGCUUUUACUCUGCUAUCAAGUGUGGAAAAAGCAAUGUAGAACAAAAAGAAGGCAUAACAAGUGUGCAUUUGAUGUUUACCCACACAAUGUCAUGUGGUAAAAAGAUGUGUACUCUGUGUCAAAAAUUUAGAAAAUUUCUCAGUAUUUCCAGCAUUUGAUGUUACAAUCACUGUUUUGAUUAAAUUUUAUUUAAAGAACUAAUCAUUAAGAUUGUAAUACUAUAUAUUUUAUACUUUUCGGGCAUUGUUGUAGCAGUUGCCAUUCAGUUUACUUGUUUUGUAAAUGCUUCUUCUUCUUUGUAUGCUAUUUUUCAUGUGGCAUUGUUAACAUUUAAAAAAUGCCAACACAUAUGUUAGAGGAUAAUGUAUUAUAUAUUUAUUUCCAGUUAAAAGCAUUGUAAGAUUCAGCAGGACACAAUUUGCAUCCAAUGCCAUUGUUCAGUGAUGAAGGAAAUGUGCAGCUCAGGCUGUAGAGGAGACAUGAUCUUGAUGCUGGAGAACAAUGAUUCAUAUUACGUCUGAGACCUGUCAUUAAUGUUGUUAGCAUAUUUAACCAUGAAGACGACCUCUACUUAACAAUAUGUAGUUUUAGGUGGGUUACCGUAACAACACCGCAGGUACCAUGUAACAAUACCAUAGGGAAAGAAAUUGCCAUUGAAAAUAAUGUUGGGUUUUGCAGAAUUAUCCAGUAUCAAGUGAAUAGUUUGGCUAUAGUGGAUUGCUGAAUUCUAGUACAAAAGUGUCUUGGUCCUGUCAUAACUUUUAGAAAGAUUAUUUAAAGAUUUUAAUUAACAGAUACAACAGAAUACUGAUUCUUCCUGUAUAUGUUUGAGAAGGGGAAUAAUAAAAAUGCGCAUCUUUGAAAA